AUGAAAGGAUGUUCUUCAAGAGGGAAUCGGCACAAUGAGAAUGACGAAGAAACGGGGAAGAAGAAGGGAUCGUGGUCGCGAUGCGAUCCACCUCGGUACCGAGGGAUCCGGCGGCGCCCUUGGGGCAAGUUCGCAGCUGAGAUCCGGGACCCCUCGAGGAACGGCGCUCGCCUUUGGCUCGGGACCUUUGAGACGGCAGAGGAGGCCGCCCGCGCCUACGACCGGGCUGCCUUCGCCUUCCGAGGCCAUCUGGCCAUCCUCAACUUCCCCAACGAGCAACAAUACUCCGUUCAAAAUGACUGCAAUGUCUUUGGCCACCGCAGUUCUUUCUCGGCGUCCCCGUCGCUGUCAUCAUCGUCGUUCUCUUCAGCAUGUUCGUCAUCAUCCACUGUGUCAGCUCCCGUCGAGCCGUCCAGAGAUUUGAUCGAGUUCGAGUAUCUGGACGAUGAGUUGUUGGAGGAACUACUGAUGUAGGGUAAAUGCGGGAAGGCGAGUGCAUAUUUAGUUUUUCUGAAAUUUCAUGGAUAGAAUAUUUUUUUGUUUCUUGU